UAAAAUAGAUUUUUCUGUUAAAGAUUUAGCCUGGUACUGAUAUUUCGUAUCUUGAUUAUUUCGCAUAUUUUUAUUUAAAACGUAUUGACAAAAAAAUGGCGGACGGGGUGUCACAAAUUUUUAAUGCGUUUCAAGAUUAUUUAAAUAACGAACAAGAAUUACGCGAGGAAAUCCGUGUUAUUGUGAAGGAAAUUGAGAAGAGUGCCAGGGAUAUUCUGAUGAUACUACAAAAUAUUCAUAAUGAAAAUACUAUGGAAGAAAAUAUAAUUGUCUCACAGUAUUGUGUAAAAGCUAGGGAAUUAUUUGAAGAUGUACGUAAUCAAUAUGCAAAACUUGCUGAAGUUGUUCCAAAGGAUCAGUAUUAUAGAUUUAAUGACCAAUGGCGUUUUGUCACUCAACGAUUAUGCUUCCUGGCUUCAUUAACAGUAUAUUUAGAAGUUAAGAUUUUAGUGACUAAAGAAACUGUUGCUGAAAUAUUAGGAAUUAAAAAUAAUCGAGAAGAAGGUUUUCAUUUAGAUUUAGAAGACUUUCUGAUGGGUUUACUUCAAUUAUCUGCAGAAUUGAGCCGCUUUGCUGUAAAUAGUGUUACGAAUGGUGAUUACAACCGGCCCAUAGAAAUAGCCAAAUUUGUAAAUGAACUAAAUGCAGGUUUUAGGCUUUUAAAUUUAAAAAAUGACGCUCUAAGAAAACGUUUCGAUGCUUUGAAGUAUGAUGUGAAGAAAAUUGAAGAAGUAGUUUAUGAUCUUAGUAUUCGUGGUUUAAAACCUACCACAUCACCAAGUCCUCAAGAAACUGAGUAAGUGGUACGCUUAAUCUGGACUAUUUUACAGUAAGUUGUUUUGACAUAUAUAUGAAAAAAAAAGAAAAAAAAAUAGCUAUAAUAAUGUAGCUGUAAUUUUUAUAUAAAUAGUGAGGUAUAUAAUGAUACAGUAAAUUGUCAUGUACAGUAGUAUAUUCAGUCAACGAUUGUUAAUAUACCGCAACUGGCACAUUUUUUUAUAUCCUAAGGUGUUUUAAGCUAAACUUCGUAAAAAAUGACUGCGUUUUAAAAUAAGUUAUGUAAGAAAGAAAAAUUUAUUUCUUAUUUAUUUUUAUUGUAUUCAUUUUUAAUGCAUUUGUAGCUUUAUAACCACAUUUAAUAUACAGAAAACUUAAACAAAUACAGGGCCUACACAGAGA